CGAGCAUCUGAGCGAAGAGAGGGAGAGGCCAGGGAGAAGAGGAGGAGAGACAGGAGAAAGCUGACACAGUAACCGCAGCAGCGAUGAAGGAAGGACCUUCUCCUCUCUGAAGACGAGGAGGUGGGGAUACGACACACAGGAGAGGUUCAGCCGGAGCGGAUGGAGAGUCUCUGACAAAAGGAUGCAGGCUUCUGCUGCCAGGCUGAGCAGGUGCAACAUCUCCAUCCAUGCAGCUGCGGAGACGCUGACAAGUUUGAUUUCCACAUCCCUCGUUUGAAGCUCCCCCGACAAACACGUGUAUAUUCCUCUGUGCACGUCCAGCUCUGCACACAGAUAAUUACAGUUAAACUUCCCGCAUAUUCGACCUGAGGAAGGAUCCCAGCCCACCAUCCGUCAGUCCCGGGACAGGAGGGCUCCUCCUGACAGGACAGCAGCUGAAGACCUCACCGGAUGGCGACUCCGGCCCCUCCUUGUCGCUCCUGAACGAGAAACUUUUAACGCAGAUGGGGUGCGUGUCUCACACCGGAGAGCUUCCCCUCCGAGGAGCGACUCCCCGGCCAAAAAUACGCACCUGAGGACUCAACUUCCUGUCGCCAACAGAAGAACAGGCACCAAGCCGACGUCCGCCAUCGCUUUCAGUUUCUGCAGCCUUACUACUUUCACAGCUUAAGGUUGAAAUCUAUUCCCAGCAGCAACGCUGGAGAUUAUGUCUUUAUCGAGCUUCAGAAAGUUCGUCACUGAGGGGAAAAAAAGAAACGGCUCCUUCUCAUUACUUUCGCUGCCGUUUUUCAUUCACUCCCACGCCGCUUCCAUCCUGAGCAGCUAAAGGAAAACGCUCCUGUGUGAAGUCCCAAUUUGCUGUAAAAGCCUCCUUUUUUUUUUUCUUUUUUUCAUGUCUCCACUUUAUAAAGAGCCAUUUUCCCCCUCGGUUCUGUUUUGCCACGUGAGAGCAAACCCUGUGAGCGCUCCGUCACGCGAGACGGGCAAAAUGGGCCGGGGCCUGAACAAUCAAGCUUGACAGAAACAGUUUGUGACAUCAGGAAAACAUCUUCUUCAAUAAUCCAACGCGACCUCAGGCGCCGCACGGCUUUCAGGGGCCGCCGCACGGCUAAAUCCGGCAUGUGUUGAUGUCCUCUGGGCCCCCGGCGCCGUAACAAGAGAGAAAUUAAAGAAUAGGAUUAAAGAUGGAUUACCACCGAAACACUAAAGCCAUCAAAGCAGCUGCCUUUGUAUAAACCCGUCGAAGGCUCUUAGGGGGGAAAACGCUCUGCCAGACGAUUUGUAGAUUACGUUGGCCUGUUGAUGCGGCGGCCUCUGGUGCGGGUGGUUUUCUAAAAGGCGGAUGGAGAACAUAGACGAGCUGGAGCACCCUCUCCUGGGAGAAAGCGCCGGCAGCAAACAGGCAUCUGGGCAGGGAAGCGGAGCGGGUCAGACCCCGGUGGGGCUUUUUAAGGGCAUCCUGGUGAAGUGUGAGGAGGACAGAGCGUAUCCUCCUCUUCCCUGGAGGGGCUACUGCGCACAUCCUCCAGAGCUACAGCACCAGCAGCUGCUGGACCCUUGCUCCUUACCGCGCACCCUGGACUCCUUCUACCCGGCCGGGCCCCUGUGGGGCCAAACGGACCUGCUCAGCAAGGACUACCUGGAGACGACCUUCGUGGACAUUCGGCCCGGCUCGGCGCUGGAGAGGAAGCUGCUGGCCGAGACGCAGGACUUCCACAGUGCGGCCUACAGCAUGGACGACGAGGACGACCUGCUUCCUGACUCUGACGACUCGUCCAUGGAUGAGCUCAGUGAUACGGACAGCGACAGCAACUUUCCUCUGAUGAUCCCUCAGGACUACCUGGGUCUGGCCUUCUUCUCCAUGCUCUGCUGCUUCUGGCCUCUGGGCAUCGCCGCCUUCUACCUUUCUCAGAAGACCAACAAGGCUUCGGCUCAGGGGGAUUUUCAGGGCGCCAACGCGGCCUCUCGCCAGGCUCUGUGGCUCUCUGUGCUCUCCAUUGUCUUUGGCAUCAUAACGUACAUCUGCGCCAUCGCCGCGCUGAUUUCCUACCUGUCCGCGAAGCCGUCCUAAGAACUGCUGCUGGACACACAGAGACACAAACCCGUUCAUGAAUAUCAGCACGUCAUCCGUAAAAACAACGAGUAAACGAGAAGAUCUUAGCCACGUCUCACUGGAUUAGGACGUCAUUUAACUCAGAGGACACUCUGAGUCAAGCUUGUGUCCAUCACGCUGACUUUGACUAAUUUUGUGCUACACUUCUUAUCACAUGUGGGGCUUAAAUGAAGUUUAAAGGAGAAAAGAAGUUUCCACAAUGGGAACGCCGCUGCUGCAAGAGGAAAUCUGCAGAUUUCUGGGCGAUAGAGGGAACUCAUGCCGGACUUCACAGAUCCAGUCACUUACCUGGAAGAAUGUGGAGACACGGCAGAAGCAACGUUUCUUCAGAGAACCCGAAAAUCCCUCAACAUCCUAUCCAGAUGUUCCAGUAAGCAUCACCUGUUGUUUACCCGCAGAAGGGACCGCCUUUUGCUGUUUUAAAGCCAAGUUUUAUCUUUGUGACUAUGACAGAGUGCCAUUAUAUAUAUGAAAUGAAAUUGAAAUAAGAAAUAGGAGUGAAGAAAGUGCUGCUGGGAAAUUUUAACAGACCAGUGAGGAAAAGUGCCAAAAAUAUCAAAGUGACCAGACUGUGAAGGAAAUUAUCCUAAAAAUAUAAACACAGAAUAGUUUUCCCUUCCUGUUAAAAAGGACUGAAACACACAGAUUGUUUCUUCAGGCUAAAAACAUAGUAAACAACAACAGCAGCGCACAUGUUUAGAUGUAAAAAUAAAUAAAUAAAAUAUUUAAAUAUGUAAGGUAAGAUAAAACUAAUGUGACAAAUCCUUGUCUGCAUGGCACUUUUGUGUUUUACAAACGUGUUCAAAGCUUCGUCUGUUUCGUUGUUGGGUCCAAAGUUCUCGUAAGAAAAACCUUUGACCAACCCUAAAAAUCUCUGACCAUAUUGGUUUAAUCCCAAAAUGUAUGAAAAUGAAAAAAAUAAAAAUAAAAAAAUAAAGGAAGCAUUUCACGUAACAUCUCUGCAAUAGGAUGGUACCGGCGAGGUUGCUUAGCAACAACAACAACAACAACGUCAGAGGAAUUAGAGAGCAACCUGCAGUCACCAACGUAAUAACCUAAGAAUUACCAGAAUCAGUAACACGGAUGAAAUCAACCUUUAAAUGUCUUAAAGCCAAGACCUUCAGAGAGGGCUGGAGAGGGCCGGCUGUGCGUCAGUUCCUCCCAGGUCAUGCUUCCCAAAUGGAAAAAGGUGGCGUGCUCCCACCUGGUUCAGGGUGAGACCCUUCCCUCCAGCUGGGGACCUUAAAACAUUUUGUGUUCUUGUUCACAAAUGAUGGCAGGAGGGACUAAAAGGCCAAUGGAUGGAUUUGGUGAAUAUGCACAAAAUGUCAAAUGGAAAAAAGGGGAAUAUAAAGUUCUUGGUUUGAGGGGCGGAGUCAGAGCCGGACCAAGGCAUAAGCGAACCGAGCCGCUGCUCCGUUCCCCUGAGCCAUCCCGUAAAUGAUCUGAACAUUUUAUUUUUGGUUAUUGAGCAUGAGAAUAAUGGUAAAUUUCAGCAUUGAUAAAUUUAAAAGAUUUUCUGAAAUGUUUAACAUUUUAAUUAAACAUUUGAAGGAACUGUUAAACUUACUUUCUAAAAGCGCAAAGUACAGUCUUUGUUGUUUGAUGGCCGUGACAACGUAGUUACAAUCUGAUGCUGAGAAUUUAACCAUUUCUUUGUGUUUGAGCUCCGUUUGUUCACAAAUAAAUCUCAGCAAAUAAGAACCAACCAUCCGCAAUAGCUGCACAAAUUGACUGGAGUCAAAUAUCCCUUAAGAAACUUGUUUAUCAUGAGUUUCAACGGCAUUAGGUUUCCCUUUGGGAUUAAUAAUAUAUUUCUUGAUUUAAGUUUAACUAAACUGAAUAUACUAGCUUGUUCAUCACAGCCUCAUAAGCGCGGUAAUGACCUAAAAACAAUUAGAUAAAACUCUACUUUAAAUUUAAUUAAAAUCAAACGGGUAGUUACAUUUAAAAAAAAAAAGUGCUGAAAUUAAUCUCUCAUUGCUUUUUGUUUCAAUGUGAGGAAUGCGGAUAUGUAAUUAUUUCUCAGGGCUGUAAACUAGGUUUAUUAUUACAUAAAUGUCUCUUUACGAUGUUUUUGUAAUAUUAACAUCUGUUCC